AUGCGGAUGCACCGCAACCACGAGCUCAUCAGCCACCUUAUAGAAGCCAUCCGUGCUGAUCUAGGGACACCAACUACACGAGCGACCCGCCGAGAUCGCCAAACGCCAAACCCUCUUGCUAUACUGUCGGCCCUACUAAACAUGACUCCAAACGGAGAUGCAGUAUACUCACAAGAGGAGCUGGACCGUGUCAUCACUUCCCUAAUCGAGAACACCGGGCCCGGAACUGCGCCGCCCCCAGCUUCUGGAAGUGCCAUUCGGUCUUUGCCCAAGAGGAAGGUUGACAUGGAUAUGAUGGGCCCGGAGAACAAUGCGGAGUGUUCUAUUUGUAUGGAUGCCGUGGAACUUGGCACGGAGGUCACUGUGUUGCCAUGCGAGCACUGGUUCCAUUUCACCUGCAUCGAGGCAUGGCUAAUCCAGCAUAACACCUGCCCGCAUUGCCGGCGGAGCAUCAACCAGCGUCCAACGCAUAAUGAUGGAACCAGUGACAAUCCGGUAGUCAUCCCGGAUAGCCCUGAGCAGCCGAGAUCUCGUCGACGUCUCAGUUCAGCUCGAACUACACGCAGUGGCCGCUCCUCUUUAUCUUCUUUGCAAAGUCGACUCUCCCCACGACUUUCACCCCGUCGCUCCCCUACACCUGAAGGACAAGAAUCUAACCAUGCUCCUCGCCGCUCUAGCCGAAGUGAGGGGAGCAACGGUGGGUUUACUAGCUGGGUCAUGAAUCGAUUUGGAAGCAGCACAUAA